CCGGGGCCACACCGGGGCUAUACCGGGGCCAUACCGGGGCCGCUCUGCGCCGCGGCCACCAUGGCUUCCAUCAGCAACUUCUUCCGACGGAGCCUGCGGCGCUCCGGCCGCAGAGGCAAAGAGGAGGCUCCUGCUGCAGAGAACCCCUCACGGGUGCCGCAGGGGAAGGCAGGAGAGCGGAGCUCUCUCCUCUAUUCUGCUGGACAGUUCUUCUUCGAGUACCUGGUGGUGGUGUCCCUGAAGAAGAUGUCAGAUGGACGUUAUGAACCCAAGAUAACCUACCAGUUCCCAAAGCGUGAGAACUUGCUGAAGGGCCAGAAGGAGGAGGAGGAACGUCUCCUGCAAGCCAUCCCCCUCUUCUGCUUCCCCGAUGGCAACAACUGGGCCCCUGUCACCGAGUUCACCAGUGAGACCUUUUCUUUCGUCCUGACCAACGUGGAUGGCAGCAGGAAGAUUGGCUACUGCAGGCGGCUGCUGCCAUCCGGCCGUGGUGUCCGCCUCCCUGAGGUCUUCUGCAUCAUCAGCUGCCUGGGCUGCUUUGGGCUCUUCUCCAAGAUCCUGGAUGAGGUGGAGAAGAGGCGCCAGAUCUCCAUGGCAGUGAUUUACCCCUUCAUGCAGGGCCUUCGGGAAUCGCCCUUCCCAGCUCCAGGGAAAACCGUCACCAUUAAAAGCUUCAUUCCUGAGUCAGGCACAGAGCUUAUUGAGCUCACCCGGCCUGUGGAUGCCCACCUGGAGCACGUGGAGUUUCAGGCUCUGCUCCAGCAGCUCAGCCCCCAGCUCAUCCUGCACAUCUUUGCCUCCGCCGUGUUGGAGCGACGGCUCAUCUUCCUGGCGCAGGAGCUGAGUGUCCUGUCACAGUGCAUCCACGCAGUGGCCGCUCUCCUCUACCCCUUCACCUGGGCUCACACCUACAUCCCCGUGGUGCCCGAGUGCCUGCUCGACACCGUCUGCUGCCCCACACCCUUCAUGGUCGGCAUCCAGAUGCGGCACCUGGAGCGGGUCCUGGACCAGCCGAUGGAGGAGGCUCUGAUCGUUGACCUCUGCGAAGGGAAGAUCCUCCGGGCGGUUGGCGAUGAGGAGGAGAUCUUGCCCAUCAAGCUGCAGAACGAGAUGCUGACGUCUCUGAACAGGCACAACAACAACAACAACAUACACACACCCGAGCAGGUGAACACACUCGUCUCCGAAGCCUUCGUGCAAUUCUUUGUGCGAACGGUUGGCCACUACGCCUCGCACAUCAAGUGGAGUAAAAGCGGGUCGGGCACCUUCCAGGAGCGAGCCUUCUGCAAAGCCAUCGCCUCCAGGACCAACCGCAAGUUCGUGAAGAAGUUUGUGAAGACCAACAUGUUUUCCCUAUUUAUUGAGGAAGCAGAAAAGAGCAGGAUCCCACAGGAAGCGUAUUUCCAGCGGAAAAUCACAGAGUACCAGGAACAGAAGAAGCACCGAAGGGACUCCUGAAGCCCAGCCUGGAGCAGGUCACUGCCAGCAGCACCACGCAGCAUGGACUCUGCCCCAUCCAAGGGUAGAGCACCCCGGCCUCUGCUGGAUCUGUCCACCAGUUCCUACCUAUCUGUGACUCAUGAGAUGUGCGGGCAGCACCAAACACCAGCUUCCACCUUUUCUCUUUUUCCUCAGGGCAUCAUUGCACUGGAAACCUCUGUUUGCACAGAGGUAGCAAAAGCAGGCUGUGAUCACUCCUCUGCUCUCGCUAGCACCAGGGACAAACUGCAGCUCCCAGGGCCCAGCCCUGUGCAGAGACUUGGACCCCCCAGGACCUCAGGCAGCACUGAGGGAAGUCGGGGAGCUGGCUGCGCGACAACAAAGGCUGUAGAGUAGUUGUUAGAGAAGAAGAAAAGGAUGAGUAGAAAUAGUGUUAUUUCUCAUGCAAACAAACCUAGGGUUUGCAACUCAGUAACAUCCUAUGGGAUAAGCUUCCGAGGUUUCUAUUAUUAACAACUGUUUCACUGGAUUUUCUAUCGAGAUACACUCAUUGUUAAAUAGCAGCAGGAAUGGUUGUGGUGGGUUGUAGUGGUUUCCUCUAUAGCAGCUGCCUGGGACUACUUAGAGCCCAGUUUAGCUCUUUAUAGAAACAAAACCACUCUUUUCCAGCAGGUUAUUUAUUUGUGCUAUAAGCAAACUGUGAAGGCCACAGGGCUGUGUUUUGUAGUGGAGGGAAGUGGCUGAUCAACAGCUUCGAGUGGGGAGGAAGUAUUUGUUAAAUCCAGCAGUAAAAUACAUCAACAUCCUCCUUG